AUGGUAGCCGACAAUCUACGGCAACCACAACACCUAACAAUCCUCUCCUUGGCCGAACCAAUCCUCAAUCCACCGUCUCCGUUGCAAAAGCGUGCCUCCGACGCAUCAGAUACUUCGAACCUCGCACAUCCGAGACCCGCUCUUCUAGCGGCGGAUCUCUCACACUAUCGUGAUCUAUUCAGCAAGCUUCGCUUCUCAUACGUUGAGCAAGUGACCAAGGAGCGCUUCCUCAAAGCGAUCACAAGCAAUCCACCAGAGUUCGUCGAUGGAGGCGAAAACGCCGAGCUGGAAGGAAAGCUACGUGGCGAUAAGGCUGCGCUGAAGGAGCGGAAAGAGGAAGUUCGAGUGUUGAUUGGAGAGUUGGAGGAGCAAGGGAGGAGUCUGGCGCAGAGGUACGAGUUCAUUCAGCUGCAGAAUGAGCAGCUUGAGAGCCUACCGCAGGAAAUCGAACGGCUGGAGACUACCAUUUCCGCCUUGCGGUCCGCCCAAACAGGUGCUACAGGCAGACCGUCUCUUAACCUACCCUUACGGCCUACACUGGAGCUCCUGGAGGAAAGAGAACAGCAGCUCUCGGAUCUCGACGCCCAGAUAGCGGCAUUGCAAGCCUCAAUUUCGACUCGGAGAGAGGAAGUCGAGCAGCUGGAGGACGGACUCGCGCCGUUGCAGAUGCGCAAGACGAAGGCUGUCCAGGAAGCCCAGGAUGCCCGUAAGAGAAGAGCGAUUGGUGCUGGCGGUAUCGGUGAUGACUUGGAGGAGAGGGGCCGAUGGCUGAGAAGCGUCGACGCCGGGUUGAGGACUAUGCUCGAGGUGUAA